CCCAGAGAUGGCCCCGAGCGAGCAAGUUCCUGCUGUCGGGCUGCGCGGCUACGGUGGCGGAGCUAGGUACCCGGCCGCCCACGCCUGGGCCUCCUGCGAGUCGUCGAGGCGCCGCGCUGGGGCUUGCAGGGCGGGGAGCCCGGGGGGCGGGGGGCGGCGGCUUCGUUCCCGGGUGUAUGCAGCUCGCGAGGCUGCGCCCUCUUCUCCCACACCUGCCUGGCACGCAGAUGUGGCGUGUAGGGGCAAGGCCAGCUUUGUGAGGAGGAGGGAUUGGAGGUCACUAAGGUCUCUUCCUUCCAAUUUCAUCUUCUUCAGAGGUGUGCUUUUGUGCCUGAAUGUGGACUUUUAGAACCUUCAUGAGCUGUCAUUUCUCUAUAGGAAUCAUUUUUCCUUUCGUGAGGAUGACCUUUUUAAAAACACAAUCCACUUUUCAUCCUUAUAAUGAUAUAAUCCAGAUAAUCUCUGUGAUUUAUAUUCUUACACAGCUUCACUGUAUCAUUUUUGGGGGGUCCAAAUUGUGGACCCAACUUGUGGGACUUAAGCUAUUAACCUAUCACUUAUUGAGCAUCUACUCAACAUCUGCCACUUGACCUCUUGGAGCUUAACUCAUCUAUAUUGUGUUUACUUUGCAGGAUUCUGAGAGGUCCUUAAUCUAUAAAUGCUGAAUCCAAGGCAGGGCACCCACUAAUUGUGACAUUAUUAUAAUUACUACAAUGCUAAGGCCUGUGGAGAUACAGUUAAAUAGACCCAGCCCUGACCUUCUUACAGGCUGCUGAGGAGACAUGCAGGGAUAGACAAUUACAUUGUGCUCCUUAUUAUAAUGACGGUAUUAUUAAGUGUCAUAAGAGCAUAGAGGACGGACAAUUACAUGUGCCUAAGCAAGUCAGAGAAAACUUAAGAGGCCAGCUAGAGCAGAAUUAUGAUGUUCUUCCAUGAGCUGGAGGUGUUUCUUCCGAGGAUUUUGCCUGUGUGUUCCCGUGAAGCCUUCACUGUGCAUUUUAAGAUUGCCCUUUCAUUUUCUUGCCCAAAAAAAAAAAAAACAAAAUAAAGCAGCAGCUCCGAUGUGUAAUCAUCUGUAAAUGUGAGUUUGUCCUGUUCUAAAGCGAGUUUAUUUUGUAUUUCCAGUGGAGCCAGCGCAUGAUCUGUUUUGUCCUUUGUGCACCCCCACUCUGGCCUUUUGGACAUUCUUUUUUUUCUCUCUCCUCCCAAAGCUGAGGAAGAAUUGUUAUUCAUUGUUUUUACUGAAAUAUAAUUCAUCAACUUUUUAAAAAAUUUAAAAGCAGAUUGCUGAAUGAUUAGAUAUAUUUCCAGUUUUUGUUUUUGUUUGUUUUAACCUGUUUCCCUGUAUGACCAGUGGCUUUGGUCGAGGACCCUUCUUUCUGUUCAAGUUUCAUGGAGAAUUGUGUGGGGGCUGGAAAUGGGAGGCAGAGGAAUCAAAAUAUGAGAUGGUUUUGAGUACAAAACAAUUUAGGAUCAGAACCUGAAGCAUUAAGUAACCAGCAAGAAAACCAAAGUUAUUUUGAGAGGCAUAACCUAUGCUAAUAUAGAGGCUCCUAUAUCUUAAGACUUGCAAGUUGCAUAUGUCGAUAAAGCAGUGCUUGAAUUCUCUAUAUGCAAACUACUUCUGUUUUAGGGAGCUAUUAGCAAGAUAUUAAUUCUUCCAAAGACCAGUGGUAAGAUUUAAUAGUCUCUUCCCCCCACUCUGUUUUCUCUUGGAAAAGGUAUAGCUAUGGUUUUGUAUCAGGUGGUGGUCAUUGAAAAGACUUAGGUAAUGUCAAUAAUGUUCACGAGCUUAUCUGAAUUUGGUUAUUUCAGUUAUGCAGGACAUUGUGUGUAUAAAGUUAUGAGGUUGAACUUCCUUAUGUGGGCCAGUUAGCUUCACUCUGUUUCAAGCAACCUUUCCUCUCGAUCUUACAAAAACUCGACUCCAAAUGCAAGGAGAAGCUGCCCUUGCUCGGUUGGGAGACAGUGCAAGAGAAUCUGCUCCCUAUAGGGGCAUGGUGCGCACAGCCCUAGGGAUUGUCCAAGAGGAAGGCUUUCUAAAGCUUUGGCAAGGAGUGACACCCGCCAUUUACAGACACAUAGUGUACUCUGGAGGUCGAAUGGUCACAUACGAACAUCUCCGUGAAGUUGUGUUUGGCAAAACUGAAGAUAAGCAUUAUCCCCUUUGGAAAUCAGUGAUUGGAGGGAUGAUGGCUGGUGUUGUUGGCCAAUUUUUAGCCAACCCAACAGACCUAGUAAAGGUUCAGAUGCAAAUGGAAGGAAAAAGGAAACUUGAAGGAAAACCACUGCGAUUUCGUGGUGUGCAUCAUGCAUUUGCAAAAAUCUUAGCUGAAGGAGGAGUACGUGGGCUUUGGGCAGGCUGGGUACCCAAUAUACAAAGAGCGGCGCUGGUGAAUAUGGGAGAUUUAACCACUUACGAUACAGUGAAACACUACUUGGUAUUGAAUACACCACUUGAGGACAAUAUCAUGACUCAUGGUUUAUCAAGUUUUUGUUCUGGACUGGUAGCUUCUAUUCUGGGAACACCAGCUGAUGUCAUCAAAAGCCGAAUAAUGAAUCAACCACGAGAUAAACAAGGAAGGGGACUUUUGUAUAAAUCAUCAACUGACUGCUUGAUACAGGCUGUUCAAGGAGAAGGAUUCAUGAGUCUAUAUAAAGGCUUUUUACCAUCUUGGCUGCGAAUGACCCCUUGGUCACUGGUGUUCUGGCUUACUUAUGAAAAAAUCAGAGAGAUGAGUGGAGUCAGUCCAUUUUAAGCCCUUAAAGAUGCAGCCCUUAAAGAUACAGUGUUCAGUGUCAUUGAAAUAUGGGCAUCUGCAACACACCGCCCCUAUUAUUUCUACCUCUUUAGGAAGACACCUUACUCCACAGAGACUGUGAUUUAUAGGGGGCAGCACUUUAUUUUUCUCUGGAAACCCGAGUUCUCUUUGACUCCUCUUUUUGUUCAAAAGCAAUCUGGUUGGAUCACACAAGAUGAGACCCAGCACAGCAUUUUCUAGAGAAGAGUUGAAUCCUGACCACUUACCUUGGAGGAGAAGACUUGACCUUUGAGAUGCUAUUCUAUGCUGAAGAGCCUGCUUAGAGGAGUGCCAGAGGGAGACAGCAUCUCAGACCUGGAGUAAACAACAGGAACGUGGGAGAAUUCAUACAUACAUAGUGAUUAAGAAAUAUAUAUUUAAUCUAUGUCAGUAUUUACAAUUGAAAUUUGAUAAUUCACUUUUCUGUUGUUCGAGUAUACAUACUGUAAAUUAAAUGAAGGUGAAUGCAAAUUCAUGAAUAAACAUUUUGAAUUUC